GAGAGAUGGGACCGCGCAUCUCCAUCCUCCACUGCUGAAGCGACUGCGGGGAGCCAGAUGCCGACUGUGAGCCGCUGCCUGUGGAUAUCGCGGAUGCCAGUGCAGGCGAGAGCUACAGUCGAGAGACAGACCCAUUUACACUCUGCCAAAGCGAUUAACGGAAGGGGAGGCAGUGGGAGAGAUAAGGAGAGGAGGUUUUUCAGAGCGGUUUUCAGCUUCGGAAGAGAAGCUAUGGUAGCGGAGGAGGACUCGGAAUUUUGAGCACCACGAGAGGAAGAAAAAAACGCGUUAUCCGGUUCUGCUGCGGCUAGAGAGCGCGUUCUCUGCUCGGUUUGGAAUAGCCUACAGUGUGUUUACACGAGACCAUGGAGAUACGGCUUGGAUUUAUCGAACGGCACUUCGACAGUUUGUGAAAAAACUGGACCUCUCAUUUUUCAACGGCAUUUUACUCUCUUUUUGUUCGUUGGGAUUGUGUUUUUUAGUGUAUUUUUUCCGUUGGCAUAUUUUUUGUUUUAUCUAUGGUGUUUCAUUAUUUAUGUCGUCUUUUCCUUCUUUCCCAAUUUCUUAUUUUUUUAUUCAUCGGUUUUUGGAGGAGAGCUCGUAGUGAAGAUUUGUGGAGAGAAGAUGCUGCGCUGCUCAUGUGAAUGAUAUUCUCUCUCUCCAACUGAGACGUGCCAUGGAUGGAAAACUUCAUUUGCAUCUACGAAACCGAUCGGGAAAUAUCCGUUACAUCGAAUAACUACUGCUGACAUCGAUCAGGACGAAUGACAUAGGAUGAACACUGCUGGAGGGGUGUGUCUGUGUGUGCUGUCGUCCCUCUUUGCUGUGGCCUGGGCCGUAGCUGCUUUAAUUCCUCCAGCUCCUCUCUCUGCCCUGGCCGCUGCCUAUGGGUCUGCCAGUGGCGUCUCUCCCGGGGAGGUAGAGGGGGGCAGCCUCCCCUCCCCAUGCUCCAGCCUGGUAGCCGGGGUACUGUAUGGAUCCUUCUCUCUGAGAGAGCUGUUCCCGUCGCAGGUGCUGGGCUGUUCCUGGUCGUUGGAGAACCCAGAUCCCACCAAGUACUCCCUCUAUCUCCGAUUCACCCGACAUCCCUCCAUCUGUCAAUCACACUACCCCAUGCUCCUCCCCCUCGACCAUCAUCUAGCCAAUCAGAGCUGUCCGCUGGAUCUACAGACGCCACCUCAAGACCAGGAAGUGAUAGACCUUUGCGGCAGGCAAUUAGAAUCAGAGGGACCUUAUUCAUUUUUGCAGUUCGACAAGAACUUUGUGCAGCUGUGCCUAUCGAGACUACCAACAGCCGGUGAACCGCCGGUAACCAAGGAAACACUAGAACUCCGGCUGGUCGAGGUUUUGCUAAUCAACAACGAGAACUCCAGUCAGUUCACCUGUGGAGUACUCUGCCGAUGGUUCGAGGAGUGCCUACGCAAUGGUCAUCAUGGAGAAGCUGAUGUUGCCAACGGCGACGGUUGCAGAGUUACGCAGACGGGGUGUGUGUGUCCUAACAACAAUGUGGUCGUGGCUCAGCCUGUACCCCUUCUCCCGGCAACGCCCCAUAGCAACAGAUCGCUGUUACCUGAGAAUUGCUGCGUCACAGAGCUGCACCAUAACAACGUCAUCGCCAUAGCGCCCAGGGACGUCAGACACGACCCAGAUGAUGAUGACCUGAAGGUGAAGACACAGAAACCCAGAUCAGCAGACCAGCCAGGUGUGUUUCAGGCACAGACAGGUGACCCUGCGGCGGAGGAGUGGUCUCAGUGGAGUGUGUGUUCGUUAACGUGUGGUCAGGGUUGGCAGGUGCGGACACGCUCGUGUGUGUCCUCUCCCUACGGAACCCUGUGUAGCGGCGCCCUGAGAGAGACACGUAUGUGUAACAAUACAGCCUCCUGCCCCGGUGACCCAGCACUGAGCGCAGUGCAUGGGCUGUGGGAGGAGUGGUCGUCAUGGAGCCUGUGUUCUGUCACGUGUGGGCGGGGCUCCAGGACCCGAACCAGAAACUGUGAGAGCGGAGGAGGGGCCAAGCACUGUGGAGGGCCUGAGAAACAGACCAAACCCUGCAACAUAGCAGUGUGUCCCGUGGAAGGCCAGUGGUUGGACUGGGCUCCGUGGUCUAGGUGCAGUGAAACCUGUUCCACAGGGAGCCAGCAGAGACAGAGGAGGUGUAGUGCAUCGGUGCAUGGCUGGGCAGAGUGUAAAGGACCACACCAGGAGACCAGGGAGUGUACCAACCCAUCUUGUAGUGGUGGGGGUAACUGGGGCAGCUGGAACCACUGGAGUCUGUGCAGUAAGACGUGUGACUCAGGGUGGCAGCGUCGCUUCAGGAUGUGUGAGGGGACAGGGAUACAGGGUUACCCCUGUGAUGGCUCCGGAGAGGAGGUCCGCUCCUGCAACGACAAGAAGUGCCCCGCACCUCAUGAGAUCUGUAGAGAUGAGUACCUUGUAACCAUGACCUGGAAAAGAGCAUCGGCUGGAGAAACAGUCUACAACAAGUGUCCGACUAACGCCACUGGAUCUGCUAGUCGUCGUUGCUUACUGGACGCUAAUGGAGUUGCUUACUGGGGUCCUCCGAGCUUCGCCAGAUGCGUCUCGAUGGAAUUCAGAUAUUUACAUUUAUCUUUGCGAGAGCAUCUUGCGAAGGGUCAGAGGACCCUGGCUGGAGAGGGCAUGUCUCAGGUCGUGAGGAAUCUCCUGGAGCUCUUACAGAGGAGGAGCUAUUACAGCGGUGACCUCCUGUUCUCCACGGAGAUUCUCCGAAAUGUGACGGACACCUUCAAGAGAGCAACCUACAUCCCAGCUCCCGACGACACACAGAAAUUCUUCCAGAUAGUCAGCUAUAUGUUGGACAUGGAAAACCUUGAGAAGUGGGAAGACGCUCAUCAGGUUUCUCCUGGUACGGCCCAUCUCAUGCGUAUAUUGGAGGACUUCAUCCAUCUGAUUGGAGAGGAUCAGAAACCCUUCCAGAGUUUCCUGGUGGUCACCAACAACCUCAUGAUUACGAUACAGCGAGAGCCCGUGACAGCAGUCUCCAGUGACAUCAACUUCCCCAUGAAGGGCAGGAGGGGAAUGAAGGACUGGGCUCGUUCCGCCGAAGACAAACUCUACAUCCCCAAAGAGGUCUUCACCCUAACCUCUGAAGAAACAGAAACGGAGACCUCGUAUUUUGUCAUCGGAGCCAUCCUUUAUCGAACCUUAGGAGUCAUCCUUCCUGCCCCCAAAGCCCCUGCUGUGAUCAACUCUAAGAUUCUAACGGUGACGGUCCGACCAGAACCCAAACCCAGUGAACCCAUGGUGGUGGUGGAGCUGUCCCCACUGCUUAAUGGCACAUCAAACCCUCAGUGUGUUGUCUGGGACUAUGGGAACCUGGAAGCUGGCUCUGAGAACUGGGACACAGAGGGCUGCCAAACGCUCGCUUCUGCCGCUGUCCACACCAAAUGCCUUUGCAGCAGGAUCUCCACCUAUGCUAUACUAGCGCAGCAGGCUAAAGACCCGGUGAGUCACAUUUCCCACUCUGGCCUGUGUACUGUGACUGCUGCAUUCCUUCAUUUCUUCUUCUUGGCAUCGUUCUGCUGGGUACUGACAGAGGCGUGGCAGUCUUACCUGGCAGUGAUUGGCAAGAUGAGGACACGCCUCAUACGUAAACGCUUCCUAUGCCUGGGCUGGGGUCUCCCAGCCCUGGUGGUUGCUGUGUCAGUAGGUUUCACUAGAGCCAGAGGUUACGGUACACCCAGCUAUUGCUGGCUGUCCUUGGAAGGCGGGCUUCUCUACGCAUUUGUCGGACCUGCAGCUGUCAUCGUAUUGAUGAACAUGCUGAUCGGUAUUGUGGUUUUCAACAAGCUCAUGUCUCGAGAUGGCAUCUCUGACAAGUCUAAAAAGCAGAGAGCUGGUCCACCGGUUGAGGCGUCGCGUAGCAGACUGCUCCUGAAAUGCUCCAAGUGUGGUGUGAUCUCAAGUACAGCUCUCUCCAGCUCUACUGCCAGCAACGCCAUGGCCUCUCUGUGGAGCUCCUGUGUGGUUCUCCCUCUGCUGGCUCUGACCUGGAUGUCUGCUGUGUUGGCCAUCACCGACCGCCGCUCCACACUCUUCCAGGUUCUGUUCGCUGUCUUUGACUCUGUCCAGGGUUUCGUCAUCAUUACUGUCCACUGUGCCAUGCGCCGUGAGGUUCAGGACGCAGUGCGCUGUCGGAUGGGGGGAUGUAAAGACGACAGUGAGAACUCACCGGACUCAUGCAAGAACGGACAGGUGCAGAUCAUGAAGUGUCAGAACGUGUCCUACUGCGGGCAGCAGUGUGGCUCUCUGCACUACGGCACUGGCACUGCUGGCACUGACACUGGCACUGUUGGCACUGGAGCUUCUCUCUGCCCAUCAUCGUCAUGCCACCAACAGUCACCAUACCCGCCAUUAUGCCACCCUCACCAGGGCUUCCAACGCAGCUGCCAACAAGGCUGUUACCACAGCCUGCCUCACAACAACCACAUGAACCAUGAACACAUGAACUACGCCCUCAACCACACCUAUAACCACGCCCACAACCACGCCCACAACCACAAGUACCCCAACAGCAAAUCAUCGGACUUUGAAAAAGAUGUGGACCUGGCUUGUCAAACAGAGAGAGGACACCCAUUCAUCUUCAAGGAAGUUAACACCUGUAACCCAGCAACCAUCACCGGUACCCUCUCCCGUAUCUCCCUUGAUGAAGAGGAUGACCCCAAGCUGGCGGCCCACCAGGAGGGGGGCCUAGGGGUCAACUUCAGCUCCCUCCCUGGAAACAUCCCCCCUCCCAACCUACUCGUCCAGGUACCCCCACUGGGUGUUCUGAACGAGCUGAGUGACACCCCUGUGAAAAAGGAGGUGAACGUGGAGCAGCAGAUGCACCAGGGGAACCCCAGGAACACGGCGCCUGUCUACCUGUGCACUGAGAGCGGGAUGGGCUGGUCUCGACCGCCCCCUCCUCCCAACACUCUGGAUGGACCUUGUGGGGGAGGGGAGGGGGACUAUAUGGUGUUACCUCGUAGGACGGUCAGUUUAAAACCCCCUCUGCCCCCAGGUCUGGGGCUGGGGCUGGGGGGCGAGGACAAGCCGCUAAACAUCGCAGUGGAUGACCCGCCCUUCCCUCCGCCCCCAUCGCCCAUGACCCUCCACCCGGCGGAGAGCGAGGCCUACCCAGCUGACUUCAUCUCCCCCGGCGACCACAACAUGAACAUCGGCCUGAACAUGAACCGCUCUUACGGGACGCUCAAGCAGCUCCCCGUGCAUGGGAGUCAAGGUCCCCAGGGCCACAUGCACGCUCCAGGGGGCCACGUGCAUGGGGGCCACAUGCAUGGGUAUGGGCACUCACUGAAGCCGGGCCAGAGGCCGUCGGUGAGGCAGAUUCUAACAGGAGGGGGAGGCACGGUGGAGCGCAACCGGACCCUGCCACGCAAUCUGAGCAGCACCAACACUAACACCAGCAUCUCCGCUGGCUCCCUGGAGAGGAAAAGAGUACGGUACUCUGAGCUGGACUUUGAGAAAGUGAUGCACACUCGCAAAAGACACUCUGAGCUGUACCCUGAGCUCAACCACUCCACCACCAAGUUCCACACCAUAGACAGGUAUAACAGGGACCCCGACAUGUCCACUUUCAAGGACAAGUCGACCCCGACCCAAGACGACCAGCACUCCUGGGACAGCUUCAAGACCAUGACCCCUGAGCUGUCCAUCGUGCCGGGGGAGCACAAGGACAGGAUGGAGCUGCACAUCCAGACCACCUGGGACUCCUCGUCUGCCAACACACCCGACACGUCCGAGGGGGACUUCCAGACCGAAGUGUGAUGAGACAGAGAAACACGCACAAACACACAUACAGAAGCACACACACAAACGCACACACGAAGAAACACACACAUACACACAUGCAGAAACACACACAUACACACACAUGCAGAAACACACACACACACAUGCAGAAACACACACACACGCAGAAACACAUAUACACAUAUACAGAAACACACACACACAUAGAAACACAUACACAUAGAAAUAUAGCAGUAAUAUAUUCACACACACAGAAAUGCAACAACAGGUACAUUCAGAAUCAGAGAAACACACACACAUAACCACAAACACACCGUUUCAAGUGCAGACAUACAGGUACCAACAUGUACAGACAGACACACAGCACUCCUCCACGCCACUCUUCACACCCUCAAAUGUGCGUUCUACAGGAUUAUAUAAUUUGUUUACUACUACAGUGGACAAGGACAAAGGAAAGAAAACUGGUCUCUGCUAUAUUUUCACACAGACACUUUAAAUGAGAGAACAGGGGCGUGAAAAGAGACUGGGACUGAGACAUUUUUAAAUGAACAAAAAAACGACAAAAAAUUCUUGAUUUUAUUCGCGGUGAAAAAAGGAUCCUCUUUCACCUGUUUGAUGAUUUGAAAAAAAAGAAGAAUAUUUCUGCACCGUUCUGUUCUUUUUAUAGAGAAGAAAUCUCACUGAUGUUUGGCACACUGUUAAACCCCUUAGGCUCCCUGCCUUCAUUUCUCCCCCCCUUUCCCAUCUAAUGGAUGACGCAAGCGCUCUGAUUUUCCCCCCUUUGUUUUCGGAGGGGUUGGGGAGGUGGCGGUAGGGAGGUUUAGAAAGGAUCAUUGACGUGUGACAUCCUCUGCUGUUGCUGCCGUCCAAGUGUCUCACACUCUUCUCUCAUCAUCCUUUUUCAGCGUCGUGUUUAUUUUCCUUUUUUGUAUUUUUAUGAUUUUAUGAUGUCCUUCGUCUUAGUAUUUUUUGUGUUUUGUUUGAAAAAAAAUAUGAGGGACAAAAAAAAACGUCCAACGGAGUUUCAAUUGUUGUCUCAAUGUCUAUUCCAUGAAAGUCUCCUUUUAUUUAGAUUUUCGGUUCAUGCUUGUGCUGCCUUUUUCCUGUGAGAAUUUUUCCAUGUGGAAUUUUAAAGAAUGAUUUAUAACA